UAAUAUUUAUUAUACGUCAUUUUUUACAUUCACUUACAUUGUUAAAAAGUAAACUUUGAAACUGAAUUUUUAGUGAGAGCUGAUUAGUUACCAGCUUAGCUCAGUUUUAUAGCUAUUUUAUAUAUUCUUAAAUAUGAACUAGAGGUUUAUAAUGUUACAGACAGCAAAUGCUAUAAAAAACGGUGUUGUGUAGUGAUGUGAAAGUUACAGUACAAUCUAAAAACUCUCAACAAUCUUAUAAUGUCUUUUUCCAAACCCUUUGAGGAAAACAAUUUGCAAAAUUCUUCACAUACUUUGAGGAAUUCGGUUAGUCUCCCAGGAGUAGUUGGUGGUAGAAACGCCCCUCUGUUGCCUCCUAGGCCAUCCAACUCAAUAAUAGGAAAUACUGGAUAUAAUACUUUCAACUCAUAUUUACCAUAUUCUGGUUCAUCAUAUGGCGGCUACAAUUCGUAUAAUUCCUACAUGCCAUAUCGCAGCUCUCCCUACAGUUCCUAUGGAAGUUACGGCUCAUAUGGCUCACAUGGUUCUUCUUACGACCCUUACAACUCCUUCGGAUCUUAUCCCAAUCAGGCCUUAGACGAUCACGAACGAAGGUUUAUUCAGUACGCCGAAGAAAGCUCGAGAAAUACCUUUUCCAGUGUGGAAAGCAUCGUAAGAGCCUUCAAUAGCAUAGCUAUGAUGUUAGACAAUACGUUUUUUGCCAUGACUAGCAGUUUUAGAGCUGUAUUAAGCGUAGCCGAGAAUUUCGGACGACUAAGGACUAUGUUUGGUCAUAUCUGGUAUUCGAUAAAUAUAUUUAGGUUUUUCAAUUGGUUAUAUAGACAAUGUUUACGAUUAAUGGGAUACAAAGUACCGAUGAGUCAAGUAUCGGCAGCUUGGUCGCAAGCGAAGACAGGAGCUGUGGCUGGAGGAGCAGCCGUACCGCCAGGAGGUGCUGGUUCCAGUUGGCCCACUAUAGCGUUUUUGGGAAUGUUGGUGUCUGCUCCCUAUAUUAUUAGUCGAUUUUUGCCUAAAUUCGAAGAUAAAGGCGAUCCUGAAAAUUGGAAAUCUCCAGGUAUCCGAGCCAAAGCAGUUUUUGACUUCAUAGCCACUGCUCCCAACGAAUUGACUGUACAAACGAACGAUAUGGUCUUACUUGCCCCAACUUACAUCCAAGAAGAGAUGAAUCUGAAAAAUUCCGGAUGGGCCUUUGCUGUUUGUAAAGCCAAGUCGGGCUUAGUACCACUUAAUUAUCUUGUGAUAAGCAAGAAUAGACCUAUUUUACAUACGAAAACCGAAGAUCCUCCCAUACCAAGGGUGUUUACUAAAACCCAUCAGAAGAGGGUUAGUUUCGGAGAAAACCAGAUAUUCGAAAACGUAGAUUUAGACGACUACGUGAUGAAAAAAGAAACCGAACCAAGUCACUCUAGUCAAGACACAGUGAAGCCGGAACCUGUUGAAACGGAAAAUACAAACACAGAAGACAAAGAGAAGACUUAAAUUAAGAACUGAUUAGCUAUUUGGGUAUUACUUACGUUUUUAUAAUAUUUUAUACGCAAACAAUGGUAAUGGUGUGCGAAUUCGCCUUAAUGUUUAAUUCACCUCCCUUAGUUAGACUUAUAACAAUUUAUAAAUUAAUAUUACUUAAAAUGCUGAUUAAUAAAUAUCAUAAAAUGCCAAGUUUUUAAUAAAUAUUAUUGUAAUGUGCAUAGUUAAUCUAACCAAGUACAUUUAGCUGGAAGACUAAAUGAAGCUUUUACUUUACAUAAAAAAGAUCCUAGUUAUGUGUGAGAGCAUUAUGCUCAACUUUAUAAAAAAUUAUCUUUUCUGAACACGCUAUGAAAUAAUAUUACAAUAGUUCUUUGUAAAUUGCUCUAUUAAAAAGUAAAUAUGAGUAAAACAUUUCCGAAAAAUAACCGAAUCUUACUGACUGCGCCAAUUAGGUUAGAUAAGAGUUUUGUCAUACGAAAAUUGCAUUUUUAUCUAAUUAAUCAAAUACAUUCAUAUGUCCAUUUUUUGUUAUUUUUCUGUAUUUCAUACAUAAACAAAGAACACGUACCAAAGGUAAUUUUGUAUAAAGAUAAGUAUUAAUCGCACAUUUUAUGUAUCCAGUGAAUCAUUCAUUAUACUUGAACGCAGAUACGAUAUACUUGGUUCAAUAUUUUUUCACAGACUCAUUUCACUGUCCAUAAAUUUAAAAGCGUAUUUAUCAAACGUUUUUUGACAUAGCGAUGAGAUUGUAGAUAUAAGCAAAUUUAAACAAAUAUUAAAUUAAGGAACUGAAAGUAACAUUUAAUUUAUCAAUGGCAGUUUAAUUUUAUUAAUAUUUAUUAUUAUGAAUCAAAUAUUAUAGAUCAAGAAAGUAGAACUACAAAAAAGGAGUAUUGAAUGUAAAUUACAAUGAUUGAUCAACAUGUUUUUCUUAUGUUUUGCACACUUUAGAUCGGUAUGGAGAUGCUGUCUAUCAAUCUCGCUUUGAUUUUAAAGCGUAGAUUUUGCCAAUUAUUUUCUGAACUAGUUUUGUUUGGGUGGACCACUAUUUGCAAUUUUAUAGUUACCUUCACCUUAGAAAGUUAUAAUUGAGUCCUAUCUCAGUAUUCUCCAAGCGCAAACAUAAUUAUGUCAUUGAACGUCUAUAGUUAACCAAUUACAUAUUAUGAAGCAUUUCAGGACAUUCUGUCAAAUAGGGGUAAUAAUAUGAAAAGUUUGCAAUACUCUUUUGGAUUUUGAAAAGCUAGAAUUUGUUUCAAUGACAAUGUAAGACAAUCGGCGAAAUAACCAAGAUGUCUUUAUAUUAUGAGUCCUUGCUAUCCCUACUUCUUCCUCCUAUAUACUAUCUCUAUUGAGUUUGGCAACCAGUAUGACAAAGCAUUGUCUAUUGUAUACUUGUAUGAGAACGUUUAUUUCAGUUCUUCUUUCUUCCUAUCCCACGUUUUCCUUCACGUAUUCCUUGUGGCGCAUUAUAUGUCGAAGAUGUGAGAUUUUCCUAACUCUAAGGCCGUCCGCACAUGGGUCGAUCGAAGACACGUCUCGAAGUUCGCACGUCUUGCUCGUCUUGUAAGAACCCUGCGGCAAAAGCGAUUGCUCUUCGCACACUAGUCGAUUCAGUUUUCUCAUAUCUUCCAACCAGGAAGUACGCAUUCUUUAUAUUAUCAACCAAAACGACUAUUUCGAUCUGCGAGAAGAAGUAUGGUAUUGUUACAUUUUUAGUAUAAUUUGUAUACAGUGAGCAUUAUACAAUUGAUGGUAGAUAUUUUUUCAAAUUAUAUAUUACACGCCUAGAAACAGCAGUUCAAUGUUUUCAGAAUUUUAUAUUACAAACAAUAUAUUUCCCCACAAAACUACUAUUAAAUUUAGCUUAAAAACAAACAAAUAAAAUUAAUUUAAUUCCAUGACUGGAAACGUGCGUCUCACUUGAACUUUCUCGUACGCUACCGAUCGCAAGGGACGAGAGUCGUACAAGACGAGGAGAUUUGCAAUCCUAAACGCUUCGUCAACGGAGCUCAAUGCAACAAGGAAGGAAUUUGAGUGGCGGGGAGAGAUCUACGCGACUGGAAUCGAGUCGACUACUUCGAGCGUCGACCCAUGUGCGGACGGCCUAACCAUCUUCAAAUUAUAUGGGCGAGUAUUCGUCAUUGACAACACUUCUACGUUGACUGUUUUUGUGGUUCAACUUAUUCAUAAUAUUCUUCUCUACAGCCACAUUUCAAAUGCGUUUAACUUGUUGGUGUUCCCUUUUUUGAGUGUGUAUGUUUCAUAGCCAUACAUAAGCAGGGACCAUUGUAGUCUUCUCAGUCUUAUUGGUAUAUUUAAUUUUGUGUUUUAAAGCAGCGGUUCUCAAUUUGUCUUACAUGUACCACUGGUGGUACAUAUCAUUAUUUGCGGUGGUACACAAAACACAAAAACAGCCAAAAUCAGCAUCACUUUUGUAGCUAGUUAGGUGGGUAUUUCAGUUAGGUGGUACCAAAAAUAAUAAAAAGUAUUUUAUGGUACAUGACUCAAAAAUAUUGAGAACCACUGUUUUAAAGUAUGUUUUUCACGUUCAUGAAUCUUGCUUUUGUGACUUAAAUUCUUCAUUGGAUUUCCUUUGACUGGUCUAGUUGGCAAUAUUUUGAACUGUUUGCAGAUUGGUUCCAUUGACACUAACAUAAGAUUGUGACGGGCUUGUAAGUCUCGGUUGAAAACUAACAGUUUACUUAUAUCUUACAUAUUUUUCUUACAAUGCUUUCUCGAUUUCAUUGGUCUUUCUGUAAUUUGGUGGCUUUCUACGCUACCAAGAAAAUUCAUAGAAUCGGAUUCAUGAAUAAAGUCAAAGUAUCCAAAGAAAUAGAAAAUUGAGUGAAUUGCGGAGAAGUAAGAUUUACCGCAGAAACAGACGAGCCACUUUGCAGCGCUACUGAGUGGAGCCAAAAAGUGGCUUAGACAGACGAUUUUGUAGCGCCAAUGAUUUUGUAAUGGACGCCACUACAGCGAGGAUCGGCGACAGUGGCUGUAGUGAUGUUGAACAAGUAUCCAUUCGUUACAAAGUACUCGUUACUUACGAAUACCGAAAGUAACGAUUACUAUACAGAAAGGCAAAUCGUUACUUUGAUUACUCUGAUUACUUCGUACCAAUCGUAUCAGAGCGAGUAACGACUAUUGUAUCUACAACCAGUACACUUGUCACUUAAUUACUUUCUAAUAAAUCGUAUCCCAGCGAGUAACGGACGUGACCGGUAUUUUACGAGUGUUAUCGAAUAUCGUUAUCGGUAUGAAGCGUUUUAGGGGUGUGAGGGUGAGGAGAAGAUAGAAGAUGAAACAGAGGGAGGUAUAAUGGUAUACGUAAAAUAUGUAAUAAGGUAAUAUGUGAAAUAUGUAAUGUAUGUAUGUCAUCAACAAAGAUCGAAUGCUAGAACUCUAUAUUUUUAUCUAGAUCGAUGAAGGUCGUUGUUACAUCGGAAUACAUAUACAAAAUACCUACCUACUGAGAAAUACGAUUCUCGAUAUGAUUACCGGUACUCAAAUACAAAAGUAAUCAUAGUAAUCAAAUCAUUUUUGUCCCUUAAACAAAUCGGUUAAUGUCGUUGUUAUAUCGGAAUACCUAUACUCGCUUAAAUAAAAAUUUAAUGUAAGCUCAAUAUAAAUGAACAAUAUGAAAAAAAAUUUGGCCCUUGCUCAACUUCAUUGUUUUAAUGGGAACUAUUGUUUAUUUACCUUGAACAAAGUACAGAACAAUUAAAUAAAUGUAAUAUUAAAUUAUUGUAUUGUGAUGUAAGUAUACAGGGUGUAACGAAAAUACAGGUCAUAAAUUAAAUCACAUAUUCUGAGACCAAAAAGAGUUCGAAUGAACCUAGUGUACCUUAGUACAAAUAUGCACAUAAAAAAGGUUACAACCAUUUGAAGUUACAAAAUGAAAAUCGAUUUUUUCGAAUAUAUCGAAAACUGUUAGAGAUUUUUUAUUGAAAAUGGACAUGUGGCAUUCACAUGGUAGGGACAUCGUAAAAAAGAAUUAUAGUGAAAUUUGUGCACCCCAUAAAAGUUUUAUGGGGGUUUUGUUCCCUUAAACCCUCCCAAACUUUUGUGUACGUUCCAAUUAAAUUAUUAUUGUGGUACCAUUAGUUAAACGCAAUAUUUCUAAAACUUUUUUGCCUCUUAUUAUUUUUUCGAUAAGGCAGUUUUUAUCGAGUUGCGGCUUCUUUUUUAAUAUGUUUACAUAAAAUUUUUAUGGGGGUUUUGCUCCUUUAAACCCCCCAAAUGUUUGUGUAUGUUCCAAUUAAACUUUUACUGCAGUACCAUUAGUUAAACCCAGUGUUUUUAAAACUUUUUUGCGUCUUUGUAUUUUUUCGAGAAGGCACUUUUUAUCGAGAUAUUACUUCUUUUUUAAUAUUGUUCAAAAUAUACCUAAAAAUGUAAAUCACAAAUAAAUUUUCAUAUUAUUACCAAGUCUCCACAAUCGUACUUAGCCAUAUACAAAUAAUAUGUGGUGGAUUUGACAAAUAUUAAAAAUAUCUCGAUAAAAACGGACUUUUCGAAAAAGUAAUGAGAGGCAAAAAAGUUUUUAAAACAUUGUGUUUAACUAAUGGUACUACAAUAAUAAUUAAAUUGGAACGUACACAAAAGUUUGGGGGGGUUUAAAGGAACAAAACCCCCAUAAAAUUUUUAUGGUAUGUCCAAAUUUCACUAUAAUUUUUUCUUAGAAUACUACUACUAUAAGAAUGCCACACGUUUAUUUUAAAUAAAAGAUCUCUAAUAGUUUUCGAUAUAUUGGAAAACAUCGAUUUUCAUUUUGUAACUUCAAAGGGCUGUAACUUUUUUUCUGUACACAUUUGUACUAAGGUAAGUUAGGUUCAAUCGAACUAUUUUUGGUCCCAGAAUACGUGAUUAAAUUUAUGACCUGUAUUUUUGUUACACCCUGUAUAUAUAGUAUUGUAUUAUUAUUAAUUGUAUACUUUCAUGGAGAAUAAACGUUAUUAUAAUUAUUAUACAAAAUAACUACCUACUGAGAAAUACGAUUCUCGAUAUGAUUACCGGUACUCAAAUACAAAAGUAAUCAUAGUAAUCCAGUCAUUUUUAUCCCUUAAACAGAUCGGUGAAGGUCGUUGUUAUAUCGGAAUACCUAUACAAAAUACCUACCUACUGGGAUACGAUUCUCGAUAUGAUUACCGUUACUCAAAUACAAAAGUAAUCAUAGUAAUGAAAUCAUUUUUAUCCCUUAAACAGAUCGGUGAAGGUCGUUGUUAUAUCGGAAUACCUAUACAAAAUACCUACCUACUGGGAUACGAUUCUCGAUAUGAUUACCGUUACUCAAAUACAAAAGUAAUCAGUAAUCAAAUCAUUUUUAUCCCUUAAACAGAUCGGUGAAGGUCGUUGUUAUAUCGGAAUACCUAUACAAAAUACCUACCUACUGAGAAAUACGAUUCUCGAUAUGAUUACCGGUACUCAAAUAACAAAAGUAAUCAUAGUAAUCAAAGUAAAGAAUACUGUAAAUUAUUACUAAUAAUUAGUAAAGUAACUAUUUGUAACGAAUACUCGAAAGUAACUAUAAUCAACAUCACUAAGUGGCUGGCCACUGUCGCUCGUCUGGAAUGGCACAUUGAAUUAUUUACAUAAGAAGUUUCGGCUAAUUAUCGGAAUCUACUUUGUGGCGCCACAGAGUGGUUCGUGUGUUUCUGGGGUUCUGAGGAAUUAUUCGACCAAAAACCCCGUUGACAAAAAAACUCACGGUAUACAAUCGUUCAACACAUGGUCACAAAGACAUUAAGGGUGGUCGUAGUAGCAAAAUGCAUACUUUGAAAGGCAAAACCUACAAAAUUUUCGUACAUAUACACACACUUGUGCAUAUUUACAUCAAUUUAAUAUUUUUCUGUCUUAAUAUUUGAUUCUCUAAGAAUUAAUUGUACAGUCUUAUUUUAAAUUGAUAUUUGUAUUUAAGUAAUUACAUCACAAAUAAACGCAUUUCUCAUGUCUUGUAAAUUUUCGCUGUAAUCGCAUACGCAAUUUUUUCCAACCCAGUAUGGUUUUUUACUGUUUAUACAUUUUUUAUUCGUUGUGUUUCUAUUUGUAUAAAAAGACCUCGGUCUUAGUUUCGAUGUUAGUCUUAAUUGUAUGAUGUAGUGUACAUUUUUUACUGUUUUUCAGAAGGGGUUGUCUUUUAAAUACAUCGAUUGUUAUUUUAA